UCAGUGAGCUACACACUAAAGAUCACAUGCGGGGCAAGAUGGAGGUGAAGGUGUCUGUGAACGGCGUCCCACGAGUGGUCUGCGGAGUUACGGAGGAUACAACAUGCCAAGAAGUGGUCCUGGCAUUAGCUCAAGCCCAAGGUCAGCCUGGACGCUACACGCUAUGGGAGAAAUUUAAAGACUUCGAGCGGUGCAUGACCCCCGAAGAACACCCUCUGGAGACCCUAAAGAAGUACGGUGAGCAGGCCAGAGAGGUCCAGCUCAUCCUGCGUCACAACGACCCCUCUGCCUGGGAUGAAAUGAGCAGAAUGAAGGUCGGCAGGUACCAACCCUGCCCGCCGCUGAGGCGAAAAGAUCCGGGUGCCAGAAUGAGGAGAGGCAGCGGCUCGCUAAGUUUACAACGUCAAAGCUUGCCGCGGUUGUCGUGUUUGAAGGAAGAAGCCGAGCAGAAGACAGAGGACCUGAAGAAGACUAAAAGAAAGUCUCUGACGCUCAUGGAGGAGGCCUGGGAAUGGCUGGAAAGUCUGGGGAAGGGGAAGGUCUACAGUACGGCAAGUGACAAGCAAAGCAAGAAGAGAACAGAGAAAAGAAAUCGUGCCUCUUUGGAUUUGACUCUCACUGUUGAGAGAGACACCACAGACCAAAGAGGCAAAGUCCGAGGUCAGAAAGCCCCUAAAUCAGACCUGGACCAUCAAACAUCCUGUUGCAUCGGAAACCAAACCAGCGAUAAGGAAAGCAAACACUCCAAGAAAACCCAGGAAGUGAGAUUGGACUUCAGCAAAUCAAACGGCACGACGAGCCAAGAUGAGAAAAACCGUGCAAGAGAAACCAUCGUUCAGCAGCUGCUGAGCCUGCAGGAUUUACAGGUCCAAAUUACACACAUGGACAAACAGAUUGUUGAACUUGAGGAACGACAGAAGGCCCAAAGAGCUGAAGAGGAAACCCGUGAAAGAUUAGUCAGUGAGCAGACGGAGCAGGUAAAAUUUUGGGAGAGCGAAUUAAAGGCAGAGGAAGAUUACGAGAAAGAUUUGCAGCAUCAGUUCCUCGAGCUGAGAGCCAAAGCUGGGGAGUGCAAGGCUCAGCUGGAGGAGUACAAACACAAAAUACAGGGCGUUCAUUUCUUUGGUGGUCUGGUUGAUCAGGAGGAUCCAGAAACAGCUGUAGAAGUUGGUGCAAACGCUGAAAUCCCAGCAGGUUCAGCCAAGGAUGAAAAUCGGGGGAAAUCAGAUUCUGAUGUGGAUGCUGAUGUUAACAGGAAGUUCCUGCCCCGUGAAGAAGCCAACCCCCCUCCUCCUCCUCAAGCUCUAGUUCCUCCCAAUCAGAUAAAGGAGCGGCGGCUCACAGGACCCACUGAGAUAAAGGAGUGGUGGACUCGCUGGUCAGAAACCCAAAAUGCUCAGACACAAACAAAAAAGGUGAUUCACCGCUCGGAGCUGACUAUUUAUCUGGGCAGUACCAAGGUUUAGAAAA